AUCGAUUACUAGGUGGUAUUUUCGCUCAUGGCUAGGAUUCAUUCCAACAGAAGCGAGGUGCCAGAGAGUUUCCUCCGCCGAACCCGCCCCGCCUGAUGGAUAUCCACAACUCCCACCAUUUGCAUUCCUAGUAUACUAUAUAAGGUUCUCCCAGUUUCCCCAGUCCUGAAUGCUAGCAUGCUUGUUUCCUCUGCUCUCCAACGCACAAAAUCACCAUGAAGCUCUCCAUCCUCCCCCUGGCGGCUCUCGCCCCUCUGGUCGCCGCCCAUUUCGAGCUCAAAUAUCCCACGAGUCGCGAUGGCACUGAAGACAACAUGGUCAACUUCCCCUGCGGAAGCGCAGCGCAGUCCUCCAACCGCACCCAAGUCUCCAUCUCCGCCGGCUCCUUCCCCGUGGCGCUGUCCAUGGGCCACUCCCAGACUGCCGUCGAGGUCCUCCUCGCCCUGGGCACCGACCCCGGCACCAACUUCAACAUCACCCUGCACAAGACCUUUGAGAUUGAGGGCUUGGGUGCCUUCUGCCUACCCCACAUCCUCUUCGAUGAGUCCAUCCUCGGCACCAAUAUCACCGACGGCAUGAAUGCCACCGUUCAGGUGCAGAGCAAUGGCGACCCUACUGGUGGUCUCUAUGCUUGCGCCGACAUCCAAUUCUCCUCGACCGUCAGCUACGAUGAGCCGUCCACCUGCAAGAACAACACCGGCGUCAAGGCAGUCGAGUUUACCGGCGCCGCUGCUGAGCGCAACGCCAACGAGUCGACUGCCACCGGCGGUGCUCAGGACAGCUCCUCCAGCAGCAGCUCUACCUCCAGCAGCUCUAGCAGCAGCAGUACUGCUACCUCAACCGGUGCGGCUGUUCCUCUGCAGCCUGCUGCCUGGGGUAUACUCGGUGCCGCUGUGGUUGGUGGUCUUGCUGUUUUGUAAAGAAGAUUGAACAGAAAAGCAAGACUCUUAAGUGCGCCAGGACUGCUUCUACAAUCCCUAGAAGUAUACUCCGUUGGUAAGGUGGGAUGAAUAGGAGAGAGAAAAAAGCACCUCAAGAUGAUAAAAGAAAAGAAAAGCCCCAAUGACAUUUCGAAGGAUAUGAUCAUGAUUGACGAUAAUUAUUCCCACACCCGCGACUCGUUUUUCAAUAAUGAGCCUGUACUAACUUUGUACAUACUCCUUAAUAAUAUAUGACUGGGACCGCUUUAAUAUGAAGCAUAUG